GUGUACUGUACAGACCCGUUAGAGCAACUCAGUUCUCUACCUCUCUCCACGUCUCCUUCCACUCUACAGUCCACACACUCAAAUAUAUAUCCUCGUUCAUACAACACACAUCGAACAUGAAGGUUCAUUUUCUCCUCGCUUCGCUCGUUUCUCUGGCAAUCUGUGAUCCCGAGAUGACUGAGAGUGGUCUGGGUAUAGAGUAUAUCAGUAAACCUGACACCUGUGACCGGCUGGCUAGGAACGGUGACCUACUGGAGAUGCACUACACUGGAACCCUUGAGGACGGAAAGAAGUUUGACUCCAGCUACGAUAGAUCCGAACCCUUCAAGUUCCAGAUCGGAGUAGGACAGGUUAUCAAGGGUUGGGAGCAGGGCGUGGUUGGGAUGUGUGUUGGAGAGAAGAGAAGGUUGAUAGUUCCUCCAUCACUAGGAUACGGAGAUCAGGGAGCUGGAGAUAUCAUCCCUGGCGGAGCUACUCUUCACUUUGAUGUAGAACUGAUGGGAGUAGAGGAGGGACCAACUCCGGUCAAUGUUUUUAAGCAGAUUGAUAUGGACGGAGACAAGGCUCUGACGAGGGAGGAAAUCUCAAAAUUUGUUGAGACAAUGCAGAAUGCGGGUGGAGAACAGGGAGAGGAAGCUAGGAAAAUGUUGGAGGAUCAGGAUAAACUAGUUGAGGAGAUCUUUGCUCAUGAAGAUCAUGACAAGGAUGGAGUUAUCUCUCACGAAGAGUUCUCUGGACCUAAACAUGAUGAACUAUAAUUCACCCAAACCCUUCAAAACUUACUUAAUCACCCCCCUCCAUUUCUCCCCCCUCUCCCAUUCUUCCUGUCCUUCCCCUGUGAAUGAUAUUUAAAGUGUCCUUAUGUAAAUAAUUAAUCUUAUUUUAAGUUUAAAGCCUAUUUUCAUGGCUUAUGUUUAUUAUACAUACAUAACUGCAUUCAAUUUCUAUCGGUGCUUCCUAGAACACAUUCCCGAAACGAUCUUUGCAAAAUUUUUAACUUAGGAAUUCAAAAUAGUGAUCAGGAAUUCAAAAUGGAGGCCCGGAAUUCAAAAUGGAGGUCCGGGUCCCUCGGUAAAGAUCUGAAGCUGUGAUUUUUUGUUACAAAUAUGUUUUCUAGUUUUUUAAUACUCUUGUUAAUAAAAUUUGUCACAACAU